CGUCGGCGAUUUCAGCGCUGAUCGUGUCCGCUAGUGUGUCAUAAUCAUUGGCAACCAUGAGUCGUCCCUCGCGAACGAGUCACCCAACGAUGGCUACGAUGUCGACACCCAUCGACCGCGACGUCGUCAUGGGCCCACCUCCGCUGCCCACGCAAGUUGCACAAUCGACUUCCAGUGACAGCAGGACAAGAGAAAAUCAGGAACUACCUGACAAGUACAGACGACUCAAGCGAAAGUUCUUCGAACUCGAAGAGAGAUACAAAGAGACUGUUAUUGAACUUCAUGCGUCGGGAGACAGAAACGUCAAGUGGAGAUCCGAAAGAAACCUUCUACUUGACCGAAUAUCCGAACUGGAAAAUGCACAACAGGUGCAGGGCGCGCACCCGUACACCAUGCCCGCCGUUUCGACAGCAUACCCCCGCUCGCUCGUGCAACCAAAUGCGCAGCGGCGCUUCAUCGUGAACCUUGACAAGGGCAUCGCGGAAUCUGAACACGAGGACGCCUCCGUCGACCCGAUCCUGCAGAGUAAGCACGUCGGGCCCAACGCCCGCAGGCGCAUGGAGGCCGAGGCGAAGGAGCGGAUGGAGGAGGAGCAGCGCGAGGCACGCCGGAACGCACGUCGCCCUCGCGGGCGCGGCGGCGCCAAGGAGAAGGAACGCGAGGCCGCAGUCUCGGCGAGCAGCGCCGGUGCGCGCAGCGGCAGCGGUGCGGCGGCGGAUACCAGGGACGUUCAGCGCGGUGGCUCGGAAAGGGAGCGCGAAGGUACAGGUCCUCCCGUCACUCUCGCGCCUCCGCCGGGCUCUCAGCGAGACAGUCGUAGCGCAGCCUCUCCGGCGCCUUCCAUCGUCGUGACCACCAACGGCGGGAGCACCCGCCUGCGCAUCAAGCCCCCCGCGCCUCCCCAGCACGAGCCGUCGCCGCCGCCGCCGUCGCCCCAACACGCCCAUCGUCAUGCGCAUCACCAUCACGAACACGCGCACAAACAACACCACCAUCGCCACGACGAAGAUCAUGUGAUGGAGACAGACCAGUACGAGCAGGAGAUGCAGCAUCGCCAGCGUCACAACGAACUCGAGCUGCAGAGGGAGAUGGAACAGCGCGAACUUGAGUCACAGCGAGAAAGGGAGGCUCAAAUUGAACGUGAACGGCUCGCGAUGGAGCGCGAGCGCGAGCGUGAAAUUGAACGUCAACGUCAGCUCGAGUUGGAACGAAGGGAGCACGAGAGGGAGGAAACGGAGCGACGGGAGCGAGAAAGGGAGGAGCUGGAGCGCACGCGAGAGAGGGAGCGAGAGCAGCGCGAACGCGAGCAACGUGAGCGGGAGCAGCAUGAGCGAGACCAGCGUGAGCGAGAACAACAUGAGCGAGAACAGCGGGAGCGGGAGCGUGAGAAAGAAAUCGAACGCGAACGCGAGCGCGAGAGGGAGCGUCUCAUGGUUCUUGACCGCGAACGUCAGUUACAAGAACGUCGUCCCCCGACUCCUCCGCCCAUGGAACCCUUGGAUGCUGCGCGUGUCUCGCCGACAGAGAGUGCUUCUGCACGCGGUGGCCCAGUACGGAAAGAUACGAACUCACCCAGCACCUCCAUCGUCGACGAUCGCUACGCACACACCCCACACACCCCACACACCCCACACACCCCGUCUACUUCAGCCCCUCCCGAGCACGACCGUUAUCGCGCCUAUCCAGAUCAUCGUGAACCUCCGCGCGACGACUACCGUGGACAGCCACCGCCUGCUGCCUGGGGUGGGUGGCCGCCCCCUCCAGGCGGCGUUCCCAUCCCGACCGGCGACUACCGGUACCAUCCCCACGAUCCAUACGAAGAAGAACGUCGCAGGUACUAUGCACAGUUCGAGGACGGUCGGUCCCCGGCGCCGAUGAGCAUGGGUGCAGGCCCUUCGCCGAUGCACACACCGCAUCCCGUGCCUCCACCACCCGGCUACCACUACCCCCAGCAGAUCGUCCUGGGCCCUGGCGGUUCUCGAGGCGGCAUGCCCUACUAUCCGCACCCCGGAGGACCCGGAAACGGUGGUCCGCCCCCGGGCUCGCGUGCGAAACCCAAGCGGCUGAAGGCACACACGGUGACGAGCAGGAGCUACAGCAUUCCGAUGGUGCCCAGGGACAAGAAGGGCAGGCCAAUUCUUCCGCUGAACGUCGGUAUCAUGACUGUUGUCAGUCUCGGAGAGAUCUGUAUGCGGGAGCACUUCCACACAGAGAGGUACAUCUUCCCGGUAGGAUAUGAGGUUACGCGACGCUACCUCUCGACUGUGGACCCCAACGGAGACGCAGUCUACCGCUGCAAAAUCCUCGACGGCGGCGAUGGACCAAAGUUCCAGAUCUCCUGCGAAGAGCUGCCCGAGCCUAUCAUUGCUGGCACAGCGACGGGUGCCUGGUCGGUCAUUGUCCGCAGCGCCAACCACAUUCGCAACCGCCAGCAUAGCAACAGUGUCUCCGGACCUGACUUUUUCGGCUUGGGCCAGAACACGAUUAAGCACUUGAUCCAGGAACUUCCCGGUGCAGAUCGCUUGAGGGAUUACGUCUGGCAAAACUUUGUCGAGGGAGGACCGUUAGGGGGCCGUCACGCCGCCGUCAUUCCAGCUCUGCCUGACGGCACCCAUGAGGCCGAAGAGGCCGAGAGCAGCACUGUCGUCAACGCCAACGGCAGCACCAUGAGCGUCAUCUCGAUGGCGGCGACGCCGUCUCCCCAACCUGGAUCGUCGCACAAAGGAGAGGACGGAAAGGAGCUACAGAUCAUCCAUGUGGACACCCCCGAAGGCAACGGGCAGCCGAGUGGCCCUCACCCAAUGGCGAGCAUCAUGGAUCGCACGCCUAUGAAGUCGAUCACCUUCCACCAGCAACAAGAGGCCCAGCCGCCACGCGACCGCGACCGCGAAGAACGUGACCGGGCGGGCCGUGCGCGGCGCACGAGCGUGCAGUCGCUCACGAGCGACGAGCCUCGUCCCGCGGAGGAACGCCCCGCGGCUCCGUCCCCGCUCCCGCCGUCCCGCUCACAGUCCGCGCACUCGCCCGUCGUGCCGCAGCGCACCGCGUCCCACUCGCCCGUGCUGCAGCGCGAGCCCUACUCGCCCCGGAGCAGCUACCACGAGCGCUCGCCGUACCCGCCGUCCGCGGCGCAGACGCCGCAGACGCAGACGCCAGUGCCCGCGCCGUUCGCGACGAUCAUGAACGCGUACAACGCGCCGCCGCGCAGCCCCGAGUUGCCGUACGAGCCCACACCCCUCAAUGGUGGCGUGUCGCGGCUCCGGGGCACUGCCAACGGCGGCGACCGGUAAGCUCCGUUGUGUUGUAUGAACUACAUGCUCCUCUGUGUUGUGCACGCGUCCCUUUCUUUCAUCAUCUUAGCUUAUAUGUUCCCUGUCAAUGGUGGGGCUCUGUGCCUGUGUUUCGACGCUCACUGGUGUUGUCCCUGGUGAUCUUGUUCUCCCGCCUUUCGUUCAAUGUCCUCUAAUACUGUAGCACUCUUUUUGUGUACUUCCUAUGCUGCC